UUGGCAGCUGUGGCGUCAGACAUUGGGCGGAAGUGGACCUGGGGGCGGUUUGGCAGCACAGGCGGGCAGCAUAGUUAACACAGUCUGCUGUUUUCCUCCUCUGUGUAAGAUCUGUUUGCAGCUCCAAGUUUUUAAGGCUGCUGGCUUCUUUACAAAAAAAUAAAUCUUUUAUGGUUAGCAGCAUCAGUGAAAAUCAUUUCUCUUAAAAAAUGACAUGCACUUUGGAGAAAAUUUUGGGAGAUGCCCGAACUUUGCUGGAGCGUCUGAAGGAGCAUGACACAGCUGCAGAGUGUCUGAUUGACCAGUCAAGUAUUUUGAACCAGCGCAUUGAAAGCAUGAGGGAAGUGGGGGCUACAGUGCUGGAGAAGCAACAGGAGGAUAGUGCUGUGUUUAAGGACCUAUCAAAGUACAAACCUCACAUCCUCCUCACACAGGAAAACACACAGAUUAAAGAGCUGCAGCAGGAGAACAGAGAGCUGUGGCUAUCACUGGAAGAACAUCAGUAUGCUUUGGAGUUGAUUAUGGGAAAAUAUCGGAAACAAAUACUAAAUCUAAUGAUGGCCAAGAAGCAGCUUGAUGCAAAACCUGUUCUUCAAAUCCAUGAGGAGCACUCAAAGGCAGUCCAGUCACAGGUGGACCGCAUUUGUGAGAUGGGAGAGGUGAUGAGGCAGUCGGCACAAGCUGAUGAUCAGAAAUUCUGCAGUGUUCAAGAAAGACUUGCACAACUUGAGAUUGAAAAUAAACAACUCCGGGAGCUUUUCCUGAUCAGCAAAGGAUUUACAAAACAGAAAAAGGAUGGACAAUAUGAAAACAUUAUCCUUUCCCCAAAAUAACACCAACCUGUGAGCAAAAACAAAAGUUGGUCUGAAUUUCUUGUGCUCAUAGCAGAGUAAAUUGGCGCAGAUGGCGUAAGUGUAUACUUGGUUCAGACUGUGGAUCUUUCUAUGUAAUCAGAAAAGAAGAGAAUGACUUUAUCCAAAUGUAUGGCAAAGAUCAGACUCUGCCAUCCUGUGCUUUUCAGGUUUCUUUUCUGCCAGUGAAUGAGGUCAUUGUUAUUUAAAUAUAACAUAAUUACCUCGCUCUAAAGAAAUGCUGAACUAGAAUAAUUAGGAUUGGUGUCAGUCCCUCCAUUUUAGAUAUCUCGGUCACAUUAAUGUUUGCUUUCCCAUUUACAAUUCCUGCUUUUUAGGCACAGUAGAAGUACUAAGGGACUGUAGUAAUCGGAUAUAUGGAUGUCCUUUUUAACCGUGGUCUCUAGGUAUCAUUUGGCUUUUACCUGCACUAGGAUGACAAUCCUACUCAAGGUAUGUUUCAUCUGAGGUUGUUUUAGUGCUAAUAGUAGACCUCUAAUCAGAUAUAUCCAGUCCCCAGCGUCCCCAACCUCAUGUGAAAUGGACUUGAGAGUUUAAGCUGAAAAAACUCGCAAGCUUUCAACUAAUGACCAAUCCUUCUUUCUACUUUACUGCAAUAACUGCUAUCAGGGUGGGAAAUUGUGUAGCAGAUCGGGUAUGUGUUAAGACAUAAUGUGCUUUCAAAUAUGAAAUGUGUCCUGCUGAUAAGUUCUUAUGCAAUAAAUACAUUUUGGAUAUAUUUUUUGUAGCUGCAGUACUGCAAAAGGCUGCACUUAGUCUUUUUUUUCUUUUUGCUACAACACAACAUGUACCUAGUGGGUAGUCUUCAUGUUUUAAAUGUUAAAAAAUAUACAGUAUAUACAGGGCUCUCCCUUAAAGAUAGGGUGAGAAGCUCAGUCAUCCAGGAGGGGCUCAGAGUAGAGCUGCUGCUCCUCCGUAUUGAGAGGAGUCAGAUGAGGUAGCCCGGGCUUCUGUUCAGGAUGCCUCCUGGACGCCUCCCUGGUGAGGUGUUCCGGGCACGUCCAACCGGGAGGAGGCCCCGAGGAAGACCCAGGACACACUGGAGGGACUAUGUCUCCCGGCUGGCCUGGGAAUGCCUAGGGAUUCUCCCCUCUCCCCGGCCACUUCUUCUAGCUCUUCUGGAAGUCUGGGUACCUCUGCUCAAGCUGCUGUCCCCGUGACCCGACCUCGGAUAAGCCAUUAUCCAUCCAUGGAUGGAUGAAUAACAGUAUUCAGAAAAGCAAUCCUUAUCACUCCAUUAUAUAAAAAAAAAAAAACCUGAGACGAGACUUUUUCAGGGAGAUGCGUUCAAGUCCCGCGAGAAAAG